AUUCCAGGGUAUUGCUUCAUUAUGUAAUAUUGCUCUGGUUUGAAAAUAUUUAUUAAGAAAUGAUUCACAAAGGAUUUAAGUUUGCGAUUACAACUUUAUCUAUCACCCUUUUAUUACCCACUAAAUCGAAUUGCGAAAGAGACGAAUGGAUUUGGAAAAAGAAUAACGAUGAAGGAACAAGUCGCAAGAUCGGCUCGAAAUACGAGAUUUACGAGCCAAAUUUAGAGGGAAAUGGUCCUGAGUCUCCGGAUGUUAUCCCGUUUCGUCCUGGACAAUUAAAUAGACCCGGAAAUUACGACCCGCAAAGGGAACCUUCCCCCCAUGGAACGGAACGUCACGAUGUCUUAGUGGGGCCAUCCUACGGUCGGGGACCUUUCGAGUAUGUCGAUAAAUGUAGCUGCACGGAACGAUUUAAUUGUCGUGGGUUAGCUUAUGGACAUUGCGAUGUUGGUAGACAGUAUUGUUGUGAGGGAAGGAGAUCGGGGUUGCCACCUUCGAGGCCGAUUCAUUCCCCGGAAAAUGGGAUUUUGGUGGGUCCGGGCGGUGGGGGUGUUCCACAUCCUUUCCAUCAUGGAAAUAGGGGUGGAUAUGGGAGGGGGGAUUAUGAUGGGGAGGUUCUUGUGAGGCCCGGAGGCCCAACUGGACAUUUAGGACGACCGGGGAAAGGAUCUGGCUUUGGAUUAGAAAAUGGGGUUUUAGCUGGACCUAAUCGCAAUAAUUAUUACCAUCAAGGCCAAUAUGGGAGAUCAAGAGGAUAAAAUUACAAAUUAAAAAUUUAAUUUUAAGGUUAUGUUA